AUGGACCGGAGGACCAAGUUUAAGAACUAUCGGAAUAGACCCAAGGGCUCCCUGCUCCCAACCCAAGAGCGCUGCUGCAUUUUUGUUUGUCCUUCCUCACUUUACCUAAGGUGGGUUCCAAAACUGGGCACCGAGCUGACUGGGCACCUCUCCUCUUGUGUCUCCAGUGAGCAACUCAUGCAGCUCUACAGUGCGCGCCAGCGCAGGCGGCUCAACCGGGGCCUGCGCCGCAAGCAGCACUCUCUGCUCAAGCGCCUCCGCAAGGCCAAGAAGGAAGCACCGCCCAUGGAGAAGCCCGAGGUGGUCAAGACCCACCUGCGUGACAUGAUCAUUCUUCCUGAGAUGGUGGGCAGCAUGGUGGGAGUGUACAAUGGGAAGACCUUCAACCAGGUAGAAAUCAAGCCUGAAAUGAUUGGCCAUUAUCUAGGAGAGUUUUCCAUCACAUACAAGCCAGUGAAGCACGGACGUCCUGGUAUCGGGGCUACCCACUCCUCUCGGUUCAUUCCUCUGAAGUAAAGGAAGUUUGGGGAGAACAUUUUUAUGUGUAAAUAAAAGGAUUUCCCAACA